AUGGCCCCAGCAAAGACCUUCCUCCUCUCCCUCCUCGCCGCCACGGCCUCAGCAGUCGCCGUCGAGCGUGCCGCUGCUUGCUCUGCCUACACCCUCAUCGACACCCGCGGCACAGGCGAAGCCCAAGGCCCCUCAGCCGGCUUCCGCACCAUGAACUCCCACAUCCGCUCCCAAGUCUCGGGAGGCCAGGAGUACGAUACUGUAUACCCUGCCGAUGCCAGUCAGAACUCCGCAUCUGGUACUGCUGCUAUCGUCAACCGUGUCAAUAGCGGCGUCGCCGCCAACCCAAAUAUGUGCUUUAUCCUAGAAGGCUACUCGCAGGGCGCGGCCGCGACCGUCAAUGCCUUGUCCCAACUCACUGGUGCUUCGUUCACGGCUGUUAAGGGUGUCUUUCUGAUCGGUGAUCCGGAGCACAAGUCCGGGUUGGCCUGCAACGUGGAUCAGAACGGCGGCACGACAACCAAGAAUGUCAAUGGUCUUUCUGCCUUUGGCUCCAACGGUAUCCCUAGCAAUUGGGUUUCCAAGACUCUUGAUGUGUGCAACUAUGGCGAUGGUGUCUGUGACACUACCCACGGCUACGGCAUCAACCAGCAGCAUCUUGCCUACCCGACUUUGACCAGCGUUCAGAACUUGGGUACGACGUUUGUUGUUGGUAAGCUGAGGGGUACUUCCUAG